UUUAGGGUAUAUGAGAAUGUUGCAAGAUAAACCUUCACCUCCCUGCUGUAAGGUCCUGAUGAAAGAGAGUGACUGGAAUUUGGCAUGGAUUCAAGCCAGAAAGGAUUGCCUUUCUAGAGCACCCUCUUCCAUACCUAGCGACCAUAUUAUAUUCACAGAUGGCGAUGUCCCGUUCAUUUUGUACCUGGCGAAAAAUCUUCAAAAAAAACCCAAAAGUUUUUUCCAUAAUUAUUUGCGAAGUGGCGAUGAUAGCUAUGAUCCCUUUUUGCAUCCGUCUAAAAACCCUCUCUACAUUGGCUCUCCUAACGACGAUUACAGCAUACUUCUUAAUAAAUUCAACCUUGUCGAAAAUCACCUUGUCGUUGUCACCGAGAAUCCAGAAUCCCAACUUGACCCUUUGAAAUUGGCAGAUUUUGAAAUACUUUGGAAAUGCGUCUCUCGCUUAAAUAUGAUCGGAUUUUAUAAUUGUGGUCCUCUUUCCGGGGCUAGUGUAUCUCAUAAACAUAUGCAGUUCAUUCCCCUUCCUGACAUCCGUGAGCUCGCUGAAAUGAAUAUAAAUCUACCUAUUGAAAAGCUCAUUCAACGUGAUUCAUUAGACAUUGAAAAUGCAGUGCCUUUCAUAAACCGUAAGAUCCCGUUUUACAAUUAUUGCUUUCAGUUCAAUUCAAAUGAUGUACCUCAAGAAACCAUUAUUAAGAAAACAUAUGAAGCAUAUGUCAAAAUAAUGGAUUCUGUCACUAAAAAUCUUUCGCUGACAAAUACAACCCCUUCGUACAACUUUCUGCUAACUAAGCGCUGGAUGCUAGUUGUUCCCAGAAGUCAAGCACAUUACGAAAAUUCUGACCUAUCAAUUAAUUCACUCGCAUUUUCUGGGAGCUUGUUUGUAAAAAACAUGUAUCAAUACAAUUCAAUACGGCAUCUGGGGCCCAUGAACGUUUUAAAGAGGGUAACAUUUCCACAUCUAUUUUAAUAAACCAGAAAUAGAAAUGUUUUAAAAAA